AUGGCUAGCCAAAUUUCCUCAUGCCGGGGCCAUGAGAGAGCGUUUUCUCCCAUCCUCCUCUUUGUAGGAGUGAAUCUUUCCAUCAAAACUCCUCCUUUUGAGAGAUAUGACGAGACUCAUCCCGGUGAGACUCGAGGUUGUGGAGCGUUUAACGUCACGAUAUACGGUGACUAUUCCCAAGUCUGA